AUGUUCGCCCAAAUCACCUCAGAUCAAUCAUCCGCACCCUCUAGAGUGGCCCAUCCUCUUGCACUCUCAACUUCACACGUCAUGCCUGUAGACAUCCUGACCUAUCGUUACAAGGACAAGAUGGUGUAUGUGUCCGCUGCGGAGACUUACGAGGAGGCCCUAGACUUUGCGCAGACAGUCUACCCCGAGCUACAAUUAGUGGACCGAAGUCGAAUAACAUUCGAUAUACGCGUGGUUACGGGCUCCAUGAUGAACAACGUUCAGAUAGGAUCGAUGGCCUGGACACAGGUUGUUUCAAACCUGACCAGAUUUGAGGUCAUUGAUGUCGAAGUUGCCAAGCCGCUACCGGCACCUCGGACUGUCAUCGAUCCCCCUCCACAAUACCCCAUGGAUGAGAAAGCCCGUCCUUCUCUGGAUAAGGAGAAAGACAGGCUAGAUCCUAAUGCCAAAUCUUCACGUCACUCACGAUCACCCUCACCUACAUCCUCCAAGUGGACAUCCCUGUUCAGAACCUCUAGCCAUACAUGAUCUCACAAAUGCAUUCUUCUAAUUUCCUCUAUCGCCUCGUUAUGAUUUGACAGCCACAGAAAGGCUCACUUAUACCCCUCGUAGAACUCUUGUUCGAUGGUUCAAAUCUCAUACUUACCGUCCUCUAAUAGUCUUUAGAAGACUUCCUACGAGCUGAACAGUUUUGAAACAGAAGGUUGCUGUGAUAAUAAACCUAACAUUCCUGAU